AUGGCGGUAGAUGAGCAAGACAACCCGUCAGAAUCUACACCAAGAGAAGCCGAGCUACAAAGGCAACUCGAGGAUUACAAAGCCAGCCUGAAGGAAAAGCUAGACGAACACUCGAAGCAGCUGGAGCAAAGUGCUGAGAAGCUUACUCAGCUCGAUUCUGAAAACCUUGUUCUCCGAGACAAGAAUCAAGCCAUCAACACGGCAAGCAACAAGAAACGCCGCUUCCGCACACAGGUCCGAUCCAUGCUGCGCCUGGACACACCCAACACCGCAAGAGGUAUCGCCCGACAACCUUCAGAUGAAGCCGGGGCAUCAGGAGAAAAAGUUGGAGAUACGCGAGUCCAUGAAACAAUAUCCAGCGACUCUGAGCCAGACUCCAAGAAGGAAGCAUCUGAAGGAGCCGUGGCAUUGCAGUCCUCAUUGACCACCUACCUAGAGCAGUUGUUCUCCAAGAAGUUCGACGCCAUGCAAUGUAUGAUAGAAAGGCUCCCCGGGGUGGCACCUCUGAUUCGGAAAAGUAAUCCCGGUUCUUACGCCGAUACUCCUUUCACAGACAACAUUGGCCUGAUCAAGAUGCCAAGAAAGUUCUCCUUCCCCAACAUAAAGAUGUAUGACGGCACCGGUGACCCAGACGACCACAUCGCUCAGUACAAACAAAGGAUGCUAGCUGUAGCACUCCCAAGGGAGUUCCGCGAGGCUACCAUGUGCAAGGGAUUCGGCUCAACCCUGAUCGGACCCGCAUUGCAAUGGUACAUCAACCUACCCAUCGGAUCCAUAUCUUCAUUCGCGGCCCUCAGCGAUAAGUUCGUAGAGCAGUUCGCAAGUAGCCGGAGCCUGGAGAAAACCUCGGACAGCCUCUACGAAAUCCUCCAGCAUCGGGUCGAACCCCUUCGCGAUUAUAUAGCUCGCUUCAAUCAGGAAAAGGUAUCGAUCCCCGAAUGCAACAUCACAACGGCAAUCUCAGUCUUCAAAAGAGGCUUGCUCCCAGACGGGGAUCUCUAUAAGGAACUCACCAAGUACCAGUGCAAGACCAUGGAAGACGUAUUGUCUCGAGCGUGGGCCCAAGUGAAAUGGGAAGAGGAUGUCACAAGCCGCGCCAAGGCUCAACAGAAACAAGAUCAGAAAGCAGCCAGGCAAGACCGAAAUGAUAGAGACGAGAGGUCCUCCAAGAAACCCACGAAAGACCAAGGAGGCAGGAACCGGGGCAGGUACAUGAGCCGUCCACUCGAGAGAGCGGAAGGGAUGCCGGUGUCUACCUGGCCAGAUAUCUCACACUUGUCUGUAUCCCAACCAGAGCUAAUUAACGCCCUAAGGCAGAUGGGUCAACAGUGUGAGUUCCACCGUGACCAUGGUCACAAGACGGAGGACUGCAUCGCAUUAAAGAUCGAAGUCAACAAGCUCCUCCAAAAGGGAUAUCUCCGGGAAUUCCUCUCAGAAAAGGUGAAGAACCUCCUAAGCAAGGAGACACCCACGAAAUCUGCUGAAACGAAGCCCGCGUCACCACCUCGCCAAGACCGAGUAAUCCAUGUCAUAUCCGGAGGUUCAGAGAUAAGCGGCAUAAGCCAUGCAGCUGCAAAGAAGAGCACUCAAAACGCCAAACUUGGUCUGGAGACGUCUAAAUCAAAAUGGCUACUCUUGGGAACAGACAAGAUAAGCUUCACGGCGAAGGAGAAAGAGAAGGUCCUGGCUCCCCAUCAUGACGCUCUAGUAGUAUCGCUUACCGUAGCAAACUGCUUGGUAAGGAGGAUCCUAGUAGAUAACGGAAGCUCCAGCAACAUCAUCUUCCAGGCCGCCUAUCAGGACAUGGGGUUGGAUGAAAGUGCCUUAACUAGAAAGACAACCACACUCGUGGGAUUCAGCGGAGAGGUGAAGCGAACCGCCGGUGAAGUGGUCCUUCCAGUCUAUGCUGAAGGAAUCAACAUGUCAACUAUGUUCCUGCUCGUCGACUGCCAAUCAUCCUACAACAUGAUCUUGGGAAGACCAUGGAUCCAUGAUAUGGGAGCUGUCCCCUCAACACUCCAUCGAAUGGUGAAGUUCCCUACUCCCUGGGGCAUCAAGGCCGUCAGGAGUGAUCAAGAAAAUUCUCGAUCCUGCUACCAGACCACCUUAAAGGGGAAGACAAAGGUCUUAUAG